CCUGUAAGAGCCAGGGUCUGUUGGAGUGCAGGAACGGUCAGUGUAUUCCUUCUGCGUUUCGCUGUGAUGGAGAGGACGACUGUAAAGACGGCAGCGAUGAAGAACACUGCAGCAGAGAUCAGAAUCAGGGUACGUGUGUUCCCGGUCAGCCCAGCUGUAUCUCCACUUCCUGUCCGUCAUUGUGUGCGGGGGGCACCGCCGCCUGUGACCCCCGAAACAACAACAACAACUGCACUCGCUGUGAGCCCAUCACCCUGGAGCUCUGUAUGAACCUGCCCUACAACCUGACCAGCUUCCCCAACUACCUGGGUCAUCAUUCCCAGCGAGAGAGCGCCGUGUCCUGGGAGUCCUCUCUGUUCCCCGCCCUGGUCCAGACCGGCUGCUACCAGUACCUCAUGUUCUACGCCUGCACACUGCUGGUACCAAAGUGCGACCCGGUCACCUUGCAGAGGGUCCCGCCCUGCAG